UUUAGGAUACCGUCAAGGUAUGUGCGUGGCGAGUCGUGCUUUUUGUUUAUAUUUGUAUUUGCUGGUACAAAAACAUUUUAUCUAAACAAUUUUUCCUCUUUUGUUAUUAAAUACCAUUACUUUUGUUUUACUAACAUUCUUAACUAAAACAUUUCCCAUAAAUAGCACAUUUUAAAAUGACUAUAGAUGUUCCAGUAGAAUCACCACAAGGAAACAUUUUAAAUUAUUCAAUCAUUAGCAGUAGUGACGAUGAGGAAAAUCCUUUAAAAUUGAAGCUAAAGAUUUCCAAAUCCAGCAAUAAAGUUCCUCAGGUUAUUUUACAAAAACUGGAUGAUGAGUAUGUGGCAUCUCUGAGUUUAAAACCAUCUAUCAGAGCCAAAAACUUUAAUGAAUUUGAAAUGAAGGAAGUAGAGAAAAGCUCUAUUAACGACACGCCGUCAUCCACCCCACGAAAACGAGCCAGACCAAGAAAAAAUGAAGUGUUCAAUAAUGUAAUGCAUAGCCCAACAAAAAUUCAGAAGACACCUGUUAAAAAGAAUGAACUUGAAAAACACUUGGACAACUUAUGCACCACCAUGGUUAACAAAGUGAAUGUGACUACUCCAGUUAAACGUUCUUUAGCCAAAAGUAACUUAAACGAUUCUGACUAUGAAAUGAGCGACUCUCCUAGCAAAAAGGGAAUUCUUAAUAGCACCUCUGUAGUGGAAACUCCUAGGCGUAGGGACUCCAGGCUAGCAAAUCCAAGUCCGAUGAAAGUCGAUGAAAAUUUAAUUUUAUCUGGUAAAAGAUUAUCUCGCACUCCAGUAAGGUUCACAGAAGAUACCUCUACCCAUUCUGCUAAAAUUAAUCUAAAUGAGUCCUUUAGAAGAAUAGUGCUAAGAAGUAGGCAUAAUGUUGAAAACAUUUCAAAGAGUGAGAGAACCAGAAAUUCAAGUAUUGGGUUAAGAAGGAGCACUAGAAAGUCAUACGCAGAAUUCUACACAGAUUUAGAGGAUGCUGAGGCAAUUCAAGUUGCUGAGGCUUUGAAGGAAAGUAAAAUUGAAGUGGAUAAACAUCAGAGGGUUGUGAGAUCACGAGGCAAUUCAAUAUCAUCAAAUCUAUCAGAAGCAACCUCAUCAGACUCAGAAGGAAUUUCUACUAGAGUGCUAAGGUCAAGAGGUAAUUCCCUAUCAUCAAUCAGUUCACAGAAAUCUCCAGAAAGAAUCCCCAGUCAACAGGUUGCUCCUAAAACUCCAAAAAGUAGGCAACAAAUUAACAAAGCAAAGACUCCGAAAUCGGCUGCAACCACUCCCAAGACACCGAAAAAUCGCCUUAAGAUGUUAAGGGAAGGAGUUAUAACCCCCUCAAUGCACUCAAGAUCCUCCACAAUUUGUGGAGAUUCUACACCACUGAUGAGAGCCAGAACUCAAUUGCAUGUGUCUUAUGUGCCCACUUCAUUGCCUUGUAGAGAAAAAGAAUACUUGGAUGUUUAUAAUUUUUUAAGGGCAAAGCUUGAUGAUGGUUGUGGAGGAUGCAUGUAUAUUUCUGGCGUACCAGGUACUGGUAAAACUGCUACGGUAACUUCAGUUAUUGACAGUUUAGUGAAGGACAAAAAAGUUCCGAAAUUUAGUUAUGUUAGUAUUAAUGGGAUGAGAUUGACAGAGCCUAGACAGGCAUAUGUAGAGAUAUGGAAGCAACUUACAACUAAAACUGUACCAUGGGAACAUGCCCAAAGCUUGUUGGAAGAGAGGUUUACAAAGAAAAAAAAUCACAGCCCAGUAGUUAUAUUGAUAGAUGAGCUGGAUAUAUUGUGCACAAAGAGGCAAGAUGUUGUGUACAACCUGCUAGAUUGGCCUACAAAGUGCAAGGAUCAACUUGUUGUCAUAACUAUAGCAAACACUAUGGACUUACCAGAAAGGUUGCUAAUGAGUAGAGUAACAAGCCGACUCGGCCUAACAAGACUGACCUUCCAAGCUUAUACCCAUAAGCAGUUAAUGGAAAUAGUGACAAAACGAUUGACCGGCACAGACAGUUUUAACUCUGACGCUGUCCAACUAGUAGCAAGAAAAGUGGCAUCUGUAUCAGGAGAUGCUCGUCGUGCCUUGGAUAUCUGCCGACGAGCCGCGGAAAUUGCCGAAUCCGACGGCAAGACUCAGUUGGUCAGUAUAAUGCAUAUUAACGAAGCUUUAACCGCUAUGAUCACGCAGCCGCAAGUUAUGGCUAUGAAACGAUGUUCACGAUUGCAGAAGCUGCUGCUGCAGGCUAUUGUUGCUGAGAUCGAACGCACAGGAGUUGAAGAAACAACUUUCUCCGAUAUUUUCAAGAUGUUGAUCUCGUGUUGCGCGUUAGACGGAUUUAAAAUGGUCUCAAGCACUGUUGCGCAGCGUGCCAUCGCCGAACUCAGCGCGGCUAAGCUGAUUUUGACCGAUCAAAAAUGUGGAGACAUCUUUCAAAGGGUGAUACUUAAUGUUAGUGUACAUGAUGUUUAUUUUGCUUUGAAAAAGGAAUGAUCAAAAGUUACAAUUUAUAUAAAUGCCAUUAUAAAGGUUUGUAAUUUUUUUUUAAAUUUUAUUUGCUUCACUAUUUUAUUGUUGUAUUUAUUCUAUAAUUUUAUUAUCAAUAAAUAUAAGUUAUGUUUACAUUA